ACAUUCGCUGUGGCGCAUGCUGUCUUCAGGUUCGCCGUCGCCACCUCCGACGCCGCAUACCCAUCUGCCUACGGCCUUGAUCAGUCCUGCACAGCAGCCACUGUGUCCGCCUCUUCUGCCGAUGAUCUCGUCCCUGUUCGUCGCGAAGUGUAUGGAGGUGGUCGUAUUAUCGACAUCAGCCACCGGUACCAUUCCGAGAUGCCGUCGUGGGAGUCGUCUGACGGCCUCGGGCACUUCCUGUGGCUUGCUAAGACCAUGAAGAAUGGGUCACUUGCGAAUAACUCAGAGAUGAAGCUCCCCACUCACACUGGGACACACGUUGAUGCACCAGGGCACGUGUUUGACCACUACUUCGACGCCGGCUUUGAUGUUGACACGCUUGACCUCGAUGUUCUCAACGGUCCAGCAUUACUUGUUGAUGUUCCAAGAGACAAAAAUAUUACUGCUGAAGUUAUGAAAUCCUUAAAUAUUCCGAAGGGGGUAAGGAGAGUACUUUUCAGAACACUAAAUACGGACAGGCGCCUCAUGUACAAGAAGGAAUUUGACACAAGUUAUGUGGGAUUCAUGAAAGAUGGAGCACAGUGGCUUGCAGAUAACACUGACAUCAAACUUGUGGGAAUCGAUUACUUGUCUGUUGCUGCUUUUGCCGAUUUAAUUCCUGCUCAUCUUGUUUUUCUCCAAGGCAGGGAUAUCAUUCUCGUUGAAGGGUUGAAACUUGAUGAUGUCCAACCUGGAAUAUAUUCAGUGCAUUGCUUGCCUUUAAGAUUAGUUGGUGCUGAGGGAUCACCCAUUAGAUGCAUCCUGAUUAAGUGAUGUGCUCAUUUCUUGAAAUUGAAGGCAUUUCAAGGUAGAGCUUGAGACUUGAUAGUAGAGUGGGUGCUGAAGAUUGGGUUUAGGUACUCCUCUGGGGUCGAGUGUGAAUCAGUAGAAUGGUUGUUUAGUGUAACUUAUCCAAACUACAGAUACUUAUGAGAUUUGAAGUCGAUAUGUACGAAAAUAAGUAGUACUUUUGGCUUUGAGUUUGGCCAAAUCAAGAUUCCGCCUUUCAAACUUUGACAUAUGUGUUAUGAUGAUUUAAUUUCCUGGACGAGGUUCUUUCUACUAAAUACUAGUUGGGACAGAAUGAUUCAAGA